AUGGCUGUAAGUACAAUUUACAAUGCACAGGAUACUACUGAAGAAGAUAGUCUUGUAGCUCUUGCUACAAGCUCACCUGUCCCGGCGCCGAGAGCUGCCAGACGCUGUACGAGAUCUCGGAUUUGGUGGUCGCUUACGCGCAGGCGCAUCCCAACCGAGCAAGCUGCCCUCGCCGCGAGCGACAGCGACAGCGAUGACAAGAUCAACUGGAAAAGCAAGCUGGCCAUCGAAGCGACUGAGUGCGUUUUCCGUGGCGUCCAUCUCUCUGCUCCGCCCUUCCCGUUUAGACAACGCUGGGAUGCAAAUGCUCGUCAUGAGAUAGGCGAGAGAAAGAACAGAGGCAGAAAGCGCAAGAGAAGAGAGUAUGAAGAGUACGACGACGAGGAGUACGACUACUUUAAUAACGAGGACUUUCAGAAGAUGUACGAUACCAUUGCUGCUACUCUUGCUACUGUUGCUGCGGCGCAUACCACUGCUCAUCCGACGAAGCGGCGGAAGAAGGCGAUGAAAAAGAAGAAGCAGGGUGGUGCUGCUGGUGGUGAUGGUGCUGCUGCUCCUGCAGGCAGCUCAGUUUGA